AUGGCGGAGCCAAACGCGUGGCUCGCGGCGGUGAGCGCCUGCUACAGCGCCGCGGGCAUCGUCCCGUAUUGCUACGACGACGCCGGCCGCUUGUUCUUUCUGCUCCACACAGAAGGGUGCGGGCAUUGCCCCCCUCGCGCUAUCGCAUCCGCGCGCGAUCAAGCAUCCGCGGGCGGCCGCGCGCCUGGCCCCCCCCGCGCAAUCGCUUCCGCGUGCGACGCAUCAAAGCAGAAUCAGGAUGAAGAGGAGAAUAAGCAAGAGAGUGCGAAUCCUUCGGAUCAGCCGCAAGAGAUAGUAGCGAAGCAGGAACCGGAUCAAGAGAAUGAGGAGGAGCAAAAGCAAGCGAGUGCAAACCCCUCGGAUCAGCCGCAAGAGAUAGUAGCGAAGCAGGAACCGGCUCAAGAUAAUGAGGAGGAGCAAAAGCAAGCGAGUGCAAACCCUUCGGAUCAGUCGCGAGAGAUAGUAGUGAAGCAGGAACCAGAUCAAGAGAAUGAGGAGGGGCAAAAGCAGGCGAGUGCAAACUCCUCGGAUCAGCCGCAAGAGACUGCAGCGGAGAGCGGCGCGGAGAAGCGGAAGAGGGUGAACGACCAGUUGCGGAUCGAGUUGGCGCAGAAAGACCCGCGGAGUCGGAAGAAGCGGCUGGAAGCGCUCAAGGCGGAGCACCGGCUGCGGGAAAGCGCGCGGAAGCGGGAGGAGAAGCGGAUGCAGGAUCAGGAUCAAGAACGUGAGGGGGAGCGACAGCGCGAGAGUCAAAAUCCCUCGGAUCAAUCGCAAGAGACUGUAGCGGAGGACGUUGCGGCGCAGCGGAGGAGGUUCAUUGAGCUUGCGCGGAUGCAGUUGGCGCAGGAAGACCCGCAGAUGCGGAAGAAGCGGCUGGAAGCGCUCAAGGCGGAGCACCGGCUGCAGGAGAAGGGGCGGAAGCAGCAGGAGAAGCGGAGGCGGAAGAUGCAGAAGAGCGGGGUGUUUCUGCUUGACUUCGGGGGAAAGAAGGAGGAGGCGGAUAACCACUCCCCCGUCCGCACUGCUGCGCGGGAGUAUGUGGAGGAAUAUGAGGCCGGCUAUUACAACCUCAAGGGUGCUAUGUGGGAGAAACGCAUUGCUGACGUGGCAGCAGCACUCGCGGACCAAUCAGAGGCCUUCUACAGCGGGAACGGCGGGCACGUGUUCUUCCUGUGCCACGAAGACAGGCUCAAAGACCCCGAGCAGGGCGGCGCCAGUGUGACAGACAACAGCGUGACAGUCAACAGCAUGACAAACAGCAGUGUGACUAAAAUGAACGGAGCGAACAGCACUACCGGUGGUGCUGUGACAGUAAAGAAAACAGCUGCAGCUGCCACCACCCCAGCUGUACCUGCUUCAGUUGUCACUCGGCUCAACGCCAGAAAAGGAGGCGCCGCAAACGCGUAA